CUCUGCCUCCGCUCCCCGCGCCGCGGCCGCGCCCGGGCCCCAACUGAAGGCCUGACAGCCCCCGGGCAGGGCGGCGCCAGGGCGGGCACCGCGCACCCCUCCACUGGAUCACUUCCCCCAGCUGGGGCAACUUCUCCCGAGGCGGGAGGCGCUUUUUACUCGGCUCCCUUGUAUCCCAAUUGGGCAAACUUCUCAGCCCUGAAUGACUUUUCCUGAAGCGGACAUUUUCCUCAAAUCCGGAGAGUGUGCUGGGCAGACGAUGCUGGACACGAUGGAGGCGCCGGGCCACUCGAGGCAGCUGCUGCUGCAGCUCAACAACCAGCGCACCAAGGGGUUCUUGUGCGACGUGAUCAUCGUGGUGCAGAACGCCCUCUUCCGCGCGCACAAGAACGUGCUGGCGGCCAGCAGCGCCUACCUCAAGUCCUUGGUGGUGCAUGACAACCUGCUCAACCUGGACCAUGACAUGGUGAGCCCGGCCGUGUUCCGCCUGGUGCUGGACUUCAUCUACACCGGCCGCCUGGCUGAUGGCGCAGAGGCGGCGGCGGCGGCGGCCGUGGCCCCGGGGGCUGAGCCGAGCCUGGGCGCCGUGCUGGCCGCCGCCAGCUACCUGCAGAUCCCCGACCUCGUGGCGCUGUGUAAGAAGCGCCUCAAGCGCCACGGCAAGUACUGCCACCUGCGGGGCGGCGGCGGCGGCGGCGGCGGUUACGCACCCUACGGGAGGCCGGGCCGGGGCCUUCGGGCCGCCACGCCCGUCAUCCAGACUUGCUACUCGUCCCCGGCUGGGCCUCCGCCGCCGCCCUCGGGCGAGCCGUCUUCAGGCCCCGAGGCCGCUGUGAACACUCACUGCGCGGAGCUGUACGCCUCGGGCCCCGGCCCGGCCUCCGCACUCUGCGCCCCGGAGCGCCGCUGCUCCCCGCUCUGCGGCCUGGACCUGUCCAAGAAGAGCCCGCCGGGCUCCGCGCCUCCUGAGCGGCCGCCGGGCGAGCGCGACCUGCCCUCACGCCCAGACAGCCCUCCCAGUGCCGGCCCCGCUGCCUACAAGGAGCCACAGCUCGCCCUGCCGCCGCUGCCGCCGCUGCCCUUCCAGAAGCUGGAGGAGGCCGUACCGCCGCCGGACCCGUUCCGCGGCGGCGGCGGCAGCCCGGGACCCGAGCCCCCGGGCCGCCCCGACGGGCCCAGCCUCCUCUACCGCUGGAUGAAGCACGAGCCAGGCCUGGGCAGUUACGGCGACGAGCUGGGCCGGGAGCGCGGCUCCCCCAGCGAGCGCUGUGAGGAGCGCGGCGGGGACCCAGCCGCCUCGCCCGGGCUACCCCCGCUGGGCCUGGCGCCGCCGCGCUACCAGGGCAGCCUGGACGGGCCAGGCGCGGGCGGCGACGGCGACGACUACAAGAGCAGCAGCGAGGAGACAGGCAGCAGCGAGGACCCCAGCCCUCCAGGCGGCCACCUCGAGGGCUACCCGUGCCCGCACCUGGCUUACGGCGAGCCCGAGAGCUUCGGCGACAACCUGUACGUGUGCAUCCCGUGCGGCAAGGGCUUCCCCAGCUCGGAGCAGCUGAAUGCACACGUGGAAGCUCACGUGGAGGAGGAGGAGGCGCUGUAUGGCAGGGCCGAGGCGGCCGAGGUAGCCGCGGGGGCCGCCGGCUUGGGGCCCCCUUUUGGAGGCAGUGGGGACAAGGUCCCUGGGGCUCCGGGCGGCCUGGGAGAGCUGCUGCGGCCGUACCGCUGCGCGUCGUGCGACAAGAGCUACAAGGACCCGGCCACGCUGCGGCAGCACGAGAAGACGCACUGGCUGACCCGGCCCUAUCCGUGCACCAUCUGCGGGAAGAAGUUCACGCAGCGCGGAACCAUGACGCGCCACAUGCGCAGCCACCUGGGUCUCAAGCCCUUCGCGUGCGACGCGUGCGGCAUGCGCUUCACGCGCCAGUACCGCCUCACCGAGCACAUGCGCAUACACUCGGGCGAGAAGCCCUACGAGUGCCAGGUGUGCGGCGGCAAGUUCGCGCAGCAACGCAACCUCAUCAGCCACAUGAAGAUGCACGCCGUGGGUGGCGCGGCAGGCGCAGCUGGGGCUCUGGCGGGGCUGGGGGGGCUACCCGGCGUCCCCGGCCCCGACGGCAAGGGCAAGCUCGACUUCCCCGAGGGCGUCUUUGCUGUGGCCCGACUCACGGCAGAACAGCUGAGCCUGAAGCAGCAGGACAAGGCAGCCGCGGCCGAGCUGCUGGCGCAGACCACGCACUUCCUGCACGACCCCAAGGUGGCGCUCGAGAGCCUCUACCCGCUGGCCAAGUUCACCGCGGAGCUGGGCCUCAGCCCGGACAAGGCGGCCGAGGUGCUGAGCCAGGGAGCGCACCUGGCCGCCGGACCCGACGGCCGGACCAUCGACCGUUUUUCCCCCACCUAGAGCGCCUCCUGCCGGCCUGCAUCGUCGCCGCCGCGUGGCCCCGGCCCGCGCCCCCGGGGAACGGCGGUGGCAGCGCGAGCAGGCACCCCGCGCCCGGACAACUGUAGUAGCAGCGGCAGCAUCGCCGCAGUGGCGGCGGCCCCACCUGGCCUCACUGCUUUGUGCCUUAGCCCGGG